CUAACAAGAUAAUCAUUCGGGACAUAAUGAUAUAAAUUGAAGCAAUUGGAAAUAUUAAUACACAUUUCUUAAAAAAUGAUCGGCAUUAUUUUCUUAUCUUACAUCACUUCUGUGCUUUGCGCAGGUGGACCGAUGGUUACCCUUCCUGAUGGUCCCAUCGAAGGACUCUUGGUAAAAACCCUAAGGAAUAAACUCGAUUGCUACUCUUAUAUAGGUAUCCCGUACGCUGCGCCACCUGUCGGUAAACUCAGAUUCCAGGCGCCACAACCGGUUGCACCAUGGAAAAGCACCUUCAUGGCUACCGAUAACAAGAAAAUCUGCUGGCAAAUAAGCUCUAAAGUUCAUUUACCACAAGACGAGGAUUGCUUGACUCUCAAUGUAUACACACCAGCGAAACCUGGCGAGAGCAAGGGUUUACCGGUAAUUGUAUCGAUUUACGGUGGAAGCUUCACCCACGGUUUCGCCUCCGUCGGUCCGAAUGCAGGCAGCAACUACGUCGAAGCUGGCGUCAUUUUGGUCACAUUCAACUACCGAGUGGGCCCGUUCGGUUUCCUUUCGACCGGAGACGAAGUGAUUAGAGGCAACAUGGGCAUCAAAGACCAACUGCACGCCCUCAAAUGGGUGCAAAGAAACAUCCACCUCUUCGGAGGCGAUCCGCAGAAAGUCACCAUACACGGUCAAAGCGCUGGAUCAGCUUCUGUUACUUAUCACAUACUCAGUCCGGCUUCUAAAGGUCUCUUCAGAGCGGCGAUCGCUAACAGUGGCUCAGCUAUAGACAACUGGGCUAACAUAAAUGGCAGUGCUUUGCACAUAGCCAGAGGAGUAGCCAGAACUAUCAAAAGUUCCAUGGGUUGGAAUAGUACUCCUCGACAAAUUUACGACCUACUGAUGAGCGUCGAUGCAGAGACCAUCCACUCAACUGGAAAGUACUACGCGGGUUUUGCUCCAGUCGUUGAAGCUGAACACGACGGUGCUUUCAUCACAGAAUCGAUGUACGAGUUGGUGAAAACCGGUAGAUUCAGUAGAGUACCUAUAAUGAUCGGUUUUAAUUCCGAAGAAUACAUUAGUUUAGCUAAGAAUCCUGCUGCUGUAGCUUCGCUUGCUAAAAAGUACGACGACAAUCCGAUAACUUUGGUACCAGCUGACAUGAAUGCGGAUCCAAAUUUAAAAUCGAAAAUUGGUUCUACCAUAAAAGCUAUCUACACGGGAGGAGCCAGUUUCGCUGAAUCAGGCGGAGCGCCUGUUAGAGUGCGAAGUGAUGAUGCCUUCAUCAGAGGUACGAUUAGAUUCGCUCAACUUAUGGCUCAAUACGCGGACGUGUACAUGUACCAAUUUUCCUACCAUGGAAUCCUCGGAAGGAAUAAUCUUACUUGCGAAGGAUGCGGAAGAGUAGAACACGGUGAAGAUGGUAGAUAUUUGUACUCUGGAGAUUUGAGCAAGCUUACACCGUCGGAUGCCAAAACUGUGCAACGUUACACCGGUUUCUUCAUUAAUAUGGCGAAGAAUUUGAAUCCUACGCCACGUAAAGAGGAAUUGAACCAAAACAUAAUUUGGCCGAAAUUGAUACCAGCAAAUUUGAAUUAUUUGGAUAUCGACGAGAAUUUAUCAAUACAAACGAAUCCUCGAAACGGUACUUACAAAAAGUGGGUAGCUGUUUACGAUAAAUACGCUCAAGAGCCUUUGUUAUCUUAUUAAUCGCUUACGUGCAUUCAAAACAUACAAAAAUAUAAUCU